AUGGCCAUCAAGAUCCCCAUCGUCAAGAAGCGCACCAAGCAUUUCAAGCGCCACCAGUCUGACCGUUACCACAGUGUCAAGGAAGCAUGGCGGAAACCCAAGGGUAUUGACAACAGAGUGAGGCGUCGGUUCAAGGGCCAGCUCCCCAUGCCUAAGAUUGGUUACGGGAGCAACAAGAAGACCCGUCACCUUCUCCCCAACGGUCUUAAGAAGUUCCUCAUCAGCAAUGUAAAGGAGAUUGACCUUCUCCUAAUGCACAACAAAAGCUACGCGGCCGAGAUCGCACACAACGUCAGCAGCCGCAACCGCACUAUCAUCCUCGAGCGAGCAAAAGUUCUUGGAGUGAAGGUGACGAACUCUGCAGCACGGCUGCGGUCAGAAGAGUGA